AUGACAGUUUGUUUUAACCCUGUGUGCUUUUACAGUACAUUGUCUACUUGCCUGCCCAAACAUCCUCUGCCUGAACAGGUACCUGCUUUACCAGACCAAAAGGAUGCAGAACACUGGGUGGGUGCUCUAGAUGACCUGUUGAUCACAGCCUGGGAGACCUUGCAGCAGGUCCAUAUUCUACUCCACUGCUGCCCAGAGAAAUGUGCUGGGGACACUGUCUACCCCUCUGUGCUCCCCUCACAGCACCUAGCUGGCAUAGCACUGAUGUGCAAGGGGGAUGGAGCAUGGACUGAAACCGUGGACAAACUGCAGAUCAUAAUAAAUAAAAUAGAAGAAGUGACGAAAGAAGCAAGGACAGAAAAUAAAGCUGAGCUGGUGUCGUUAGGCAAAGUGGAUAGAAUUAGUACAGCAUUUCAGCAACUGUCAUCCCUAGUGCCAACCCUGAGUGAAGUAGCUGCACUAUUUUCUGCUCCCGGUGGUGCUUUGAACAGUUUGAACAGCUCAUUGAACUAUUUAAUACAGCAGAUCACAAACACAGCCAAUGCAUACUCAGCUUGGCUAAACAAAGAAAGAUCAUGGGACGAAUUCUCAGAGGAAACCAUACAAGAUAGUAUCAGAACAUUUAGAACUAAGUUGAAUGAUGUUAUUACAACCAUUCUGCUUGGUGUGCAAAAUCUGGUGAAGUUAAUAGGAAAUGAAGCAAUGGAAGAGGGUGAAGAGGAGAGAGAAGAGGAGGAUGAGGGAAUUGAUUUGAAAGAUGGUCAUUUGACAGAACUUCAAGCAAAGUUGGAGAAAGCUGUUGAGAACAUUGGAAUGGAAAAGGUUGUCGCUGGUGUUCAGUCUCUCCUGGUUGAAGUCAAGACCACCCCAGCAGUAUCACAGUUGCUGAACCCCAAGUGUGACCUCCUGUCUCUCUGUAUCCCAGCACUGGACCAGUAUACCAAGCUGGCACAGUAUUAUGUCACUGAAAUGGCUGCCACUCACAGAGCCACAGCCAAACUGCUCUCUGUUCUACUGGGAGUGUUCACUGAGCUGACUCUGAAGGGUUUUUGCAUUCCUCCUGAAUUAUCAGAUGAGAUGGAAGGAGAAGGAUCCACAGAGUUCAGAGACAUUGAGGGUGGUGGUCUAGGGGAAGGAGAGGGGGUCAAGGAUGUCAGUGACCAGAUUGAAACUGAAGACCAGCUUUAUGAUGCACAGAAGGAAGGACAAGAAAAACAAGAAGAGGAUACUUCAAAUGAACCAGAUUUAAAAAAUGAAGAAAAUGCAAUAGAAAUGUCUGAGGAAUUUGGUGGGAAGCUGCAAGAUCUGGAACCCCAAGAGGGUGACAAUGAGUCUGAUGAAGAUGAAAACGAGGAGAACGAACUUGACAAAGAGAUGGGGGAUGUAGACAACCCUGAGGCAGAUAAGCUAGAUGAACAGAUCUGGGGCAGUGAUGAUGAGGAUGAUGACAAGGAAGAGAAUGAUAGGGAAGAAUCUGGAGAGGGAGCUGGAAAAGAGACAGAAAGUGAAUUGGUUGCCAAGGAUGACAACCAAGACAAGUCAGAAUCCAGUGAGAAAGAAAAAGAAAAGGCUGAGGAACAGGAUGAGAAGGAAGAAGUUGAACCUCACAAGAUGGAGGAAUUUGAUGAGACUGAGUAUGAUGAAGAGCAGGUGGACCCCCAUCAUGGCCAGCAGCCUGAGCAGCCAGAUGUUGAACCCAUGGAUCUGCCAGAUGAUCUCAAACUGGAUGAGGAGGAGGAAGAGGAAGGAAAGGAAGGUGUUCAAGGUGAAGAAGAAAAUCCAUUUGACUUGGAUAAAGUCACAGAUAUAGAUGAAACAGAAGACGACAAAGAAGAGAAACUAGAAGACCAGGAAAACAAAAGUGAACUGGAGCAGGAAAAAGAAAAUGUGGAAGGCAUGGAAGAAGAAAAAGAAAAUGAAAUUGCCAAAAGUGAAAGGAGUGAGGAAAAAGAUGAAGAAGGGAGACCAGAUGAUCAGCCAGGAAUGGAACCACAGGAUGAGCCAUUAGGUACUGAGCAGAAUGAAGAAGAGGACAAGGCUGGAGAGGAAGAGGGAGCAGAUGACCAAAAUGUGCAGGCAGCAGAGGCUUAUGGGAAGAAGGAGCACAAUGUGCAGAGUACAGACCAGACUGAGGCUGCCCAGGACAAGGCAGCUCAGGGUGAAAAUCAGCAAGAAGAGACUGAAGGUGUUGGCAUAGCAGAGUCUCAGGAGGAGCAAGGUCAUGAAGGUCAAACUCAGAGCAAGGUCACUCAAGGAGGGACAGGGGAACAUAUGAAGGAGCAGCGUAAGCCUGGGCACAGUGACAGAGAGCGCAGUCUGGGGUCAACAGAAGACAAGUUUAAGAGGAGACUACAAACCAUGGAUCCUUCCAGUAAUAGCCAGGAUGAAGACCAGGAUCAGGACAAAAAUGAGCAGGCAGAUUUAUUUGAACACCUGAAGGAUUCUCAGAAGCACUAUGAUGCCCAGACACUGGAUGCUGCUACUGCUGAACAGCUGGAGCAGCAACCCAUUCCUCAGCUUGAUGAGGAGGAAGGAGAAGAAAAAGUAAAUGAAGAUGAUGAAAUGAAACCCUUGGAUGAUACUGAUCAUCAGGAGGAAGACAAAAAGGUUGACAAGCUAUCAUCUGCUAAAUUGAGGAAACCAGAUGGAGGCAAUGAUAAGAGAGAAAAUGAGGAAGGAAUGGAUGUGGAUGAAGAAGGUCAGACAAUGGAGACCAGUGGAGAAAAAAUUGAAACUGCCACAGUUCAGCGACCCAUGGAGUCUUCCAUUCACACAGCCUUGGAGCAUUUGCAUUUAGAAACGGCCCAGGAAGCAGAUCUGGAAAGUUUAAGAAGAGAACUUGAACAGCAGUUGACCACAUGGAGCCACCCUAAACCAGGCUCAAGAGAAGAGGAGCAGCAGGCACAGGAGGCCUGGCAGAGAUAUGAAAUGCUGACCAGCAGUUUGUCCCAGGAACUGUGUGAACAGCUGAGGCUGGUUCUGGAACCAUCUCAAGCUACAAAACUCAAGGGAGACUAUCGUACAGGCAAGCGACUCAACAUGCGCAAGGUGAUUCCGUACAUUGCCAGUCAGUUCAGGAAAGACAAGAUCUGGCUGAGGAGAACCAAACCCAGCAAACGUAACUACCAGAUUAUGUUAGCAGUGGACGACUCUUCAAGUAUGACAGACAACCAUUCUAAACAGCUAGCCUUUGAGUCUUUAGCUGUUAUUGCUAAUGCCCUUACAACCCUGGAGGCAGGAGAACUGGCAGUUAGCAGUUUUGGUGAGGUGGUGAAGGUUUUGCAUCCUUUCCAAGAGCAGUUUUCCAACCAAUCAGGUGCCAGGAUCCUGCAGCAGUUUACGUUUGAGCAGAAGAAGACCAAGAUUGCACAGCUCUUAGACCAAGCCACAGGUAUAAUGCUGAGUGCCAGGUCCAGACAGCAGGGUGUGGUCACUAACAUAGAGACCUCCCAGCUCCUGCUGGUGGUCUCUGAUGGGCGUGGCCUGUUCCUGGAGGGUAUGGAGGUUGUCAAGCAGGCAGUCAGGAGGGCCAGGGAGGCCAAUGUGUUUGUGGUCUUUGUGGUCAUAGAUAAUCCUCUCAAUAAGGACUCUAUACUGGACAUAAAAGUGCCAGUGUUUAAAGGACCUGGACAGAUUCCUGAAAUCAAAUCUUACAUGGACCAUUUCCCUUUCCCAUUCUACAUUAUACUGCGAGAUAUCAACUCUUUGCCCCAGACUCUGAGUGAUGCCUUAAGACAGUGGUUUGAACUGGUCACUGCUGGGGACAGCUGAGGACGGGUCACUGGCAAAGGACAUACUAUAUAUUAUGUGGUUUUGACUCCUGGAGGGAUGGGACAGGAAGAAGAAUAUAUCGUAUUAAUUUUUGGAACAUCUUUCAGUAUGUCUUUUUAUUGAAAUAUUGCUGAGAAUGAUUUUUGAGUCACUGCUUCAGUCCAGAUUAUUGACAAGAUUUAAAAUUGCUAGACUGCUUUAUUCUUUAAUAAACAAUUGCCAAGUUAAAACGCAUGAUUGUGUUGAAACACAGCUGACAGUAAUUUUGGAAACAUUGUUUUAUGUGGUAAUAUGAAUACUGUGCAAUUGAUCGUGGCAUUGCUGAAUGCCUCAUAUAUUUUAAAUUAAUGGAUUUUACCCACCAAAAUUUUUCGGGGAAAUGCGCAAUUUUCUCGUAUUCCUCAAUCAUUUAUUUAUCCCUCUCUGCACUUGAGUCCAACCUUAAAUUAGAUUUAUGAAGGUUGAUUUAGUUAACAAGGCAGCAAAGCUGUCAAAUGUACAGACAAAAAACAGAAAAUAAAGAUG